AUGGAAGACAAAAAUAGUAAAAUCGUCCUCAUAGAUAACACCGGGUUUAGUGUAGAAAUUGAACCGACCACAUAUCUUGAAAAUAACGAUGUGAGCAUCACCCCGCAAACGAGUCAAAGGGGUAGUUUUGGAAGUGAUUCGAGUACCAAGGAUUUAACGGGCUUCAAUUACGUUGAAAUGCCAGAAAAAAUGUGCGGUGAAUACAACGAACAGUGUAUCAAUCAAGAUCAAUGUAACGAUUACAAUCUGAAUCAUAACGACUACAAUUUCGUGCAACAAAAGGAUAAGACUCUAGAACACAUAGUCACCCAAGAGCCUCCUAAGGUCAGUACUGCGCCAGUUCUACCUAGCAAAAUUUCUCCCAACAAUUCUACCAAAAGGACCCGUACCUCAUACACGAGCCACCAGCUGGUAGAAUUGGAGAAGGAGUUUCAGGCCAGCAAGUAUACAAACAGACUCAAGAGAAGCCAAAUGGCCGAAGCCCUGAACCUAUCGGAAUCCCAGAUCAAAAUAUGGUUUCAGAACAGGCGAAUGAAGUUGAAGAAGGAGCUGAAAGCCAUGAAUAUCUCGCCGUCUUCCACCAAUUCCAAUUCCGCGGAUUCGCCCCAGGGUACUGUCGGCGCCCUUAGGACGAGGUGUAACGAAAGAGUACCUCCUUCUUACUCCGAGUACGUUCCAGUCAAUCAUCAGCAGCUCACGCACCCCUACGGCGCAAGACCAACUCCCUACGAGUCCAGAGGAUACAACAACUUGAAUAGGGAUUGCUAUUCUGAGGCAACUAUGUAUCCCCCAAUGAAUAAUACGUUGAAUCCACCUCAUAACCCUGGCCCUGGAAAAAUUUAUUUGCGCAUUCAUACAUCAUCGUACAGGCAAAUGACGAUUGGAGAUUUGACUUGGGAAGUACCAAAUAUGUCAGCCCCCAACAUGACACUCGCAGAACAGGUGAGGAAUUUGGUCAAUGAAAACUGGCUGAAGCACAACAUACCCCCAAAUUAA